AUGAUGAUGGAAGAUGGCGAGCUACGAGACGCAGAGCUUACGGGUGAAUUUAACGAGAUGUCGACACCAAAGCUCGAGGAUCGGAUGGACAAGGCUUUACAAGAUCAGGAUCAACAAUUGGAUGCAAUCUAUACAGGUGUCACACGACUUCAUCUUGUAGCUGACGCGACGAAUGAAGAAGUCCUGUCUCAAAAUGCGAUGCUAGAUCAAGUAGUUGUGCAAGUGAACGAUACUGAAGCCGCCGUGCAACAACAGACAAAAGCAGCACGCAAAGUUGCCCGUGCACAUCGUGAACUUGGCUGCUACUACCACGAAGAACUUACAUCUAAUGAAAAGGACGAGAUUAAGCUGUUUUUCCUUGAUGCUACGUUAGCUACGUGGACUCAACAGAGCAUUGUGGUGAAAAAAGCAGCAGGAAGACGCUUUUCAGCACAGUGA